CGUCUGGACACUACGGGGGCAGUUGCUUCACAUCGCGGGAGUGGGAACGUGGGGUGCAAAACGGGCCCGCUUCAUCGCGGCUCGCUUCCGGCGUCAUGGCUCAAAGGGCCUUCCCGAAUCCUUAUGCCGAUUAUAACAAAUCUCUGGCCGAAGGCUACUUUGAUCCUGCUGGGAGGCUGACCCCCGAGUUCUCACAACGCUUGAACAAUAAGAUUCGAGAGCUUCUGCAGCAAAUGGAGAGAGGCCUGAAGUCAGCAGACCCUCGGGACGGCACGGCCUACACUGGCUGGGCAGGUAUAGCUGUGCUUUACUUACAUCUCUAUGAUGUGUUCGGGGACCCUGCCUACCUGCAGAUGGCGCAUGGCUACGUAAAGCAAAGUCUGAACUGUCUGUCCAAGCGGUCCAUCACCUUCCUCUGCGGAGAUGCGGGCCCGCUGGCGGUGGCCGCUGUGGUGUACCACAGGAUGAACCAUGAGAAGCAGGCAGAGGAUUGCAUCACCCGGCUAAUUCACCUAAAUAAGAUUGAUCCUCAUGUUCCAAAUGAAAUACUCUAUGGACGAGUGGGCUACAUUUAUGCUCUUCUCUUUGUGAACAAGAACUUUGGAGUAGAAAAGAUUCCUCAAAGCCAUAUUCAGCAGAUUUGUGAAACAGUCUUGACGUCUGGAGAAAACCUAUCCAGAAAAAGGAACUUCACAGGAAAGACUCCACUGAUGUAUGAAUGGUACCAAGAAUAUUAUGUGGGGGCUGCUCACGGCCUGGCAGGAAUUUAUUACUUCCUGAUGCAGCCCAGCCUUCAAGUGAGCCACGCAAAGUUACAUAGUCUGGUCAAGCCCAGCGUAGACUAUGUCUGCCAGCUGAAAUUCCCGUCUGGCAAUUACCCUCCUUGUGUGGGCGACACUCGCGAUCUGCUGGUCCACUGGUGCCAUGGUUCCCCUGGGGUAAUCUACAUGCUCAUCCAGGCCUACAAGGUGUUCAGAGAGGAGCAGUAUCUCAAUGAUGCCUAUCAGUGUGCCGAUGUGAUCUGGAAGCACGGGCUGCUGAAGAAGGGGUACGGGCUGUGCCAUGGCACAGCGGGCAAUGCCUACGCCUUCCUGACGCUGUACAACCUCACACAGGACAUGAAGUACCUGUAUAGAGCCUGUAAGUUUGCUGAGUGGUGCUUAGAUUAUGGGGAACACGGAUGCAGGACACCAGACACCCCCUUCUCCCUCUUCGAAGGAAUGGCUGGAACAAUAUACUUCCUGGCUGACCUCCUAGUGCCGUCCAAAGCCAGGUUCCCUGCGUUCGAACUGUGAAGGGCGGCCUGCCCCCUGCAAAGCACUGCAUGACCCUGCCUCUGUGUCAAGCCUGAGCUAAGUGCUACCGUUGCUUUUCUAGGAAACAGAGUCAAGAGUGGACCUCGUUUCGUUGAUUUUUUUUCAUAAUUUGUCUUUAGUUCAUUUCCUUUUUUUUCAUCUUUUACUUUUAUUUUAAAAUAUCCAAGGAAAUCUUUUAACUUUAACUUCACUUUCUUCCAAAAAGGAAGUUGGGCAACAGAGAUGAAAAUUGGAGGGCAUAUACAUAUACACAAUUUGUAAGUUGGAGGAAACCUUACUCUUAUUUAACAAGCUGAUGAAUAUAGUCAUCUGUUACUGUUCUAAAAACGUUUACAAGAAACUCCCGUUGGUAAACAAAGUUACAUGCACGAUGGUGUUGGGCGUUGCCCUCUGCCUCUGCUCUGCUGUAUUUUUUCUCCAAUGGGACAGUUUCAUGCCUUUGCUUUUCUCUGUGGUUGAUUAUAAAAGGGAACAAAAAUAUAACUCUGUGCUUCAAGGACAAAAAUUGCAAGAGGUACAAACUAGUUUAGGGACCUAAAUGCCAUUUUUUAAAUUCACAAUGCUUAUUUAAACUAGAGAUAAACAUACUUUGAAAUUUGCCUCUUUUUGUUAAUAAAGCAUCCAGGCUAUAAGCCAACAUUAUCAUCAAGGAUUUCCAAAAUUCAGUGUUGGUUGUGAAAAUUCUGAACCGAUGGUUAACCUCUAGAUAAGCUAACAAUAAGUUUAUUGUUUUUUCUCAAAUAAGCUAGUGCGUUUUAUAACUAUUUAUUUAAAUCUGUUUGUUCUCUAGAAUCAGCAUAAGAUCAGGAAAGCAGUGUUCUGGGUGCGACCAUGUUGUCACUGAGGGUCUGAGUCCACCAUGUCCGACGGACCUUCUACACUCUGCCUUGUGUUUACUUACUUGGCAGUGACCCCGCUUUGGUGCUUGCUGUUCGGGGCAAGCCAUGUUUUCCUUCCCAGCAAUCGGUCUGGACACUGGCCUUUUCCCUGGGCAGUACAGCACUCUGCUUCAGUUUGAAAGGAGGGAGGGUGCUAUAUAUAUCGCCAUGAACUUGAGGGGGGAAAGAAAGCACUAAACUCUUGACAGAAGUCCAGGAUCGUGCUUAGAACAAAGGUGUCUUGCCUUUUUGCAUAUGUUAGGCUUAAUCUUCUUCCAUUUCUGAGCACUCAGAAUUGGGUAUUUAUAAAGCAGAAGUAGAAUCCCCGGUAUUUCAAACCGGUACAAAUAUUUUCAGUCAUCAGCUUCUAUUCCUCCUCAUCCCAUCACUUCCUUUCCAGGCUUGUUUUGUUUGUUCUAUGUUUCGACUGAUUUCAGAACAUUUUGCAGCUUUAAAAAAACAGGGUCUAAGAAUUUUAAAUGUGCUCCUCUCACGGCUCCCUCAGUCAUAAGAACAUGCUGUUUUAUAUUGGAGCUUUGAGCCAGAUCCCCACUGAGUGUGCGUGUUGGUUCCGGCAGGUAGCAGCCCCCUAUUCUUCCCCACUUGGCAAUUGAAAUAGCUGGUAGUAUUGGAAAUCGGCUGACCCUUUAAAGGCUACGGACAAUAGGAUCUAAAACAACAGCUCAGAGCCCACAUCCUAGGAUUAGCUUGUCCUCUGUGACUUGUGCUAGGCGGGGACAACGUCGUCCUCUCAGGUUUCUGCAGAGUUGCUGAUAGCUGUGUGCAAGCUCUGUCUUUCUCAUGAACGUUUCAGAUCAGUGGUAUCAGCACUCACAGUACAGCUAAUUUGCCUUUGGCCGGGUGUCCAACUUGAAAGAGUAAAACCCAUUUGGUUUAGUUCAGUGUCUUACUGUCCUGUGCAAUUAGAGUUACUAACUAAGGGAAAAAGAACAAAACACAUUUUGUCUUGAAAUUCAGAGACUUGAUCAUAGUGCUUCUCCAAACAUCUUGAUUAAUUUAACCCCAGGAGGACUUCAAAACAAGAAGAGCAUUUUGAAUAAGAUUCUUGUUAAUAUUUAAAUUACAGUUUGACUCCUGUAAUCCAUUAUCAAAUUCUUCAAUACAAACACAAUUCAGGUACCAUUUCUUUGGGGGGGUGCCUUUUUAGGACUUAUAAAACUGACAGGAUUAUAUAUGUGCCUUUUUUUAUGCUUAAGAGCAAAGAAAGUCAGUAGUAUUUUAAACAUGGGCAAAUGCUGUGAACUAAAACAGUACCCUACCACCGUGCUAGGAACUGAAAGAAACUUUUACACUAGUUGGCAUAGUUUUAAAAGAAAGAGGAAUCAUUUCAGCUGUAUUUCUGUUAUAUCAUUUUCCCCUCUAUAUUGUUCUUUUUGGUAAAAAGCCUUCCCGAAAGGGAACUCCCAGAAGGCUCAGUAGUGUCUCUUACAUCCAUGGAAAGCCUAGGCAGUCAGGCCCCAAGAGCUUCCUGAGCGGUGCCUGUUCAUCCUGUCUGGGUGUCCCUUCCUGCGGAGACGGAAAACUGCGGCGGUUAACCUCCCACCAAAGGGAAAAAUGCCAACAGUAUCAUAGCUCCUUCCAUCAGUCCCACCGACCUUUGGUCUCACCCAGGUCGGCAGUCUUUAACCCUCAGCGUCAUUUGUCUCCCUUUUCACCUUUGAUGUCAACUCCAGUUAUUUGGCAUCAAAAGCCUUCAUGGUAGAUAGAGUGUUAGGUAAAAGUGGAUCUAAGGCUGUUUUCUCUCCUAUUACCGCUUCCCUUUGUAUCUGCAUGGACAGAGAUCCUCUGCUCCUAUGUCCUCAGGUGAAUUUGUGUCUGAUCUUAGGAUGCCCUGCCUUCUACCAGCUGAUUUUGAAAUGCAAAAUGUGAAGAGUGUACAUUUAUUUAUCUAUUCCUUUGGCUACUAGAACUCAUCUUCUGUCCUCUGUUACUCAUACUGAAUCGAGCCCCUUCUGCUUCCCCUAAAAGGUCAGAGCACCCCAUUUCUGUAUUGCUAAUCUAUAGAACUGUUUCUCCUCUAUAGGUAUUAAACAAAGUGUUUGGGGUAUUCAGGGAACUCACUCUAAUAUUAUAUUGCCACUUAUCGGGAAGGGCUGGGAUCAUAUUUAUUUCUAUGUUCUAUAAAGGAUUUGACUUACUGGUUCUCAAUAAAAUUUUAUUAGGACUAUA